CCACCUGUCAGUAUCCAUCAGUGCCAGCUGUCAGUGCUCAUCAGUGCCACCUGCCAGUGCCAAUCAGUACCACAUCAAAGCACAUUUCAGUGUCUACGAGUGCACAUCAAUGCCACAUAUCAGUGCCCAUCUGAGCUGCCUUUCAGUGUCACCCAUCAGUGUCAGUCAGUGCCAUCUAUCAGUGCUGCCAAUCAGUGCCACCUAUCAGUGCCGCCUAUCAUUGCCCUAUAUGAGUGCCCAUCGGUGAUGCCUGUCAAUGCCCAUCACUGCAGCCUCAUUAGCGCACAUCAGUGAAGGAGAAAAAUCACUUAUUUACAAACUUUUAUAA